AUGGCCGACACUGAGGAUGCGGGCUCUGCCCCCUCCGUCUCCGAACCCUUGGAUCUGGUCCGUCUGUCGCUGGAUGAGAUUGUGUUUGUCAAGUUGCGCGGCGAUCGCGAAUUGAAGGGUCGUCUACACGCGUACGACAGCCAUUGCAACCUCGUUCUGGGCGACGUCGAAGAGACAAUCUACGUGGUGGAGGACGACGAGAACGAAGAAGAGACCAUCCGGACGAUUAAGAAACAGGAAGAAAUGCUGUUUGUGCGCGGAGACUCCGUUGUUCUCAUUUCCCCCCAGGCAUAA